AUCUACUGUUUGUUACUAGUACUAAUAAACAUUGAGCAACAAUGUAUUGAUAAAUGAAUUAUACUGCAAAGCUAUGUCAGCGUUAAGAAACUGUAACCCUGAUUUGAGGAAAUACUUGUUACAUCAUCGCCUUCCAGACAUCUUUGAGAGUUUAUUAACUGCACUUGCGGUAAAUCAACCAGAAGAUGGAAGAAAGUACAUCAUUGAGAAGAUCAAUGAACUACAAAACGAUCCAUCUUUGCUGGAACAAAUUCAGUGGGACACUUUCAUUGAUGAAGCUAAAAAGCCCAAAAACCGAUUUUGUAGUAUGGACUUUCUCUGGUCACAUGAAAAUGAAAACAUGCGGCCAACUUUAGAAAUGCUGGAGAGAGCACAUUCUUUUUACAAUUAUAACGUUCUCAAGCUGUGCUACAGUGCGCUACGGACAUACUGGCAACAAAAAUCAGAAAAUAAGAAAAUAUUGAAUGUCAAGCUGGCUUCUGCAGGAAGAUAUUAUAGACUGAGAGUGUGUAAAAAGCACUUUCGUUCAUGGCUGACAUGGGUUCGUACCGAGAAGGACAAACAAAGAAAAUUUAUUGCCACUUUAGAGACGAUAUUCGAUUAUUCCUCUGCUCGACUUGUUUUUCAAGCAUGGUUGAAAGUUGCUACUGAUGCGAAAAAAACAAGAGAAUACUUUGAGCGGAUAGAAAGAGGAGAAAUUGAGGAUCCCAAUUACGAUGGUAGUGUCAAGAAAGAUCAUAUAUCGCUACUUCCCAAACAAACUGCAGUGAAUAUAUUUCUUUUUGUUGAUCUACCUGAUCUUGUUAACUGCUCCAAAGUUUGUCGCAGUUGGAAAGAGAUAACACAAGUUACUGUAUUAUGGAGUCGUAUUGAUUUAGCAAAUGCUAAAAAAGAACUGAUUUCUAGCAAAGCCAUCACUAGUCUCAUUCAGAAAUGUCGACCAUUUCUUUGUCACCUGAAUAUCCGAGGCUGCAACUUUCUGCAUCCCAUAGCUUUAAAAAGCAUCGGAGACUGUAGAAAUCUUCAAGAUCUAAACAUUUCAAACUGUCCUAACGUUAGUGACGAGAUAAUUAAAGAAAUUACUGUGGGGUGUCCAUCAUUGCUCUAUGUAAACAUGUCACGAACUGAAAUAUCAGAUGCUUCACUGCGACAUCUGUCCAGAGAUUGUAACAGUUUGCAGUAUUUGAACAUCGCACACUGUGCAAAUAUAUCAAACCGAGGAUUGCACUACCUAGCAAGUGGGAAAGGUUCACAAAAGUUAAUCUAUUUGGACAUGUCAGGUUGUGAUCAGAUAACAAGAGAUGGUUUUAAGAUGUUGUCUAAAGGUUGUGUUCGACUCAAUUCAAUAUAUCUCAAUGAAAUGCCCUCUCUGAAUGAUGAUGCUGUGGAGGCGUUAAUGACUGAAUGUAAGAAUUUAAGAAUGUUAUCUAUGCUUCACUCACCCUUGCUAACUGAUGUCGGAAUGAGAUAUGUGUGUUCAUCGAAGAAAUUGCAUGUGUUGAAGGUGGAAGGAAACAAUUGGUUGACGGAUGCAAGUGUCAAAGCACUAACGAGAAAUAAUCAUGAAUUACGUUUUUUGUAUCUCGUCGAUGUUCCACGUGUAACCGACAUGUCGCUAAAAGCUCUUGGCCAAUGUCGGAAUUUGUUGGUGUUGAAUGUGGCUGAUUGCAUUAGGCUUUCUGAUACCGGAGUUCGCUACAUCGUUGAAGGUUGUUCCGGAGCAAAGUUGCGGGAAAUCAACUUAACCAACUGUAUUCGAGUCAGCGAUGUAUCUUUACUUAGAAUCUCACAAAAAUGCACCUCCCUGCUUUAUGCAAACUUUAGUUACUGCGAACACGUGACAGAUGCUGGUGUGGAACUACUUGCUACUAUCCCCACACUGAUCUCUAUUGAUCUCUCUGGAUGCAACAUAACAGACGCUGGUGCAAUCGCUCUUGGUAACAAUACAAAGUUGAUAGACAUAUGUUUGUCAGAAUGUUGUCAAAUCACUGAUGUGGGAAUUCAGAAACUUGUUCCAUUGGUGAAGAAUCUUGAAAAUUUUGAUAUGUCUCAUGUUAGCCUACUUACAGACCAAUCGCUUAAAAGCUUAGCCUUCUGUUGUCGAAGAUUAAGAGUUUUGAAUAUUUCUGGUUGUACUUCGAUAAGCGACAAAGGCCUUCAGUACGUAUCUGGAGUAUGCCAGUUUUUGGAAAAACUUGAUUUAUCUGGAUGUAAAUUAAUUUCUGAUCGCUCGCUGAGAUAUCUUCGGAAAGGAUGUCAGAAGUUAAAAUUGUUGAAGUUAUUUUACUGUCGUGGAAUUACCAAAUCUGGCGCUGCAAAAUUACAAAAUGCAAUCAAGGGGACAGUCUUCCACUCGCAAGAUGUUACGUCAGCGUAUUUGGGGAACCGAUUCCAGUAGAUUGCAAGCGUUUGGUUGACAGAGUCUCGAUUAAUGUGGUUUCUAGAUGAUUGCGUUAGUUGUGACGGUCAGCUGUGAUGUGUGCCCUCGGUUUUUCCAUUACCACUAGAAGUGUUUGUAUAUAAAUAGACAUGUUUAUAUUCAUCAAUGCGAAGCUUGUUGUUAAAUUAUUUUUAAUAUUGUUUAUACUAAUAACAACGUUCUUGUAUAUAAUACUGUAUGUAAAUAUUAAAUGCUGCUUCUAA